GCCAAAUGGGCGUUAGAUUCACAAGAGACGUUUGCCCUGCUUUCUGGCGUACUAGCCGUCAUUCAUCCGUCGCAGUUUCAUCAAGGCGUCGCUUGCAUGCGCGCUCUGGAGCAUGAGAGCGCCCAUCCAGAGCUUAUUACCGACUGGGCUUGCGUUUUCAAUGCCCUUUCUAUUUUGGUUAACAGAGAAGCUAUAUUUCACCGUGACGGCGGCGGGUAUUACGAAUGGUAUGAUCUCCUUGCAUCGAUUGGCCGAUACUGUGGGGGUCAAUUAUCUUUCCCGGGCCUGGGAAUCGACCUCGACUAUCGGCCUGGUUCAGUUGUCCCUUUUUGCGGCAAUGCCCUCCGCCACGGCGCCCCUCCAUCAAUGGGCGACAGAGUUUGCCUGGCAUUUUACAUGCGAAAGUCUGUACAUGUACAUACACAAACCAAUGUGGCCGACUGGUCCUAUACCAGUGUUAGCUGA